CAUUUCCUUGCCACCCUUUUUGGGAACCCACUUCCAAUUGCUCAUCCUCUCUCUCUCUCUCUUUCUAUCUCUAGGGUUUCGAUUUGACCUCCAUUUCAUCUCCUGCCAUCUUCCUCUUCGAUCUGCACUGUGACCACCAUCGCCAGCGCGAGCCACUAGUUCCAGGACGAGAAGAGACCCAUUCAGUACUCACUUUUACUCCCCCGUCAGCUGAUGGCCAAGACCAAACCGGGGAAGAAGGACCUCGAUUCCUACACCAUCAAAGGCACCAACAAGGUCGUCAAAGUCUGCGACUGCGUUUUGCUCCGGCCGUCGGAGUCGGACAAGCCGCCGUACGUGGCGCGGGUGGAGAAGAUCGAGGCCGACCACCGAAACAACGUGCGGGUGAAGGUUCGGUGGUACUACCGACCUGAGGAAUCCAUGGGCGGCCGCCGGCAGUUCCAUGGCGCCAAGGAGCUUUUCCUCUCCGACCACUAUGACGUGCAGAGUGCACACACCAUCGAGGGUAAGUGUGUUGUCCACUCCUUCAAAAAUUACACCAAGUUGGAGAAUGUCGGUGCUGAGGAUUACUUCUGCCGCUUCGAGUACAAGGCUGCCACCGGGGCCUUCACUCCUGAUCGUGUUGCUGUAUACUGCAAAUGCGAGAUGCCUUACAACCCUGAUGAUCUGAUGGUUCAAUGUGACGGAUGCAAGGAUUGGUUCCAUCCAUCUUGCGCGGGCAUGAGUAUUGAACAAGCAAAAAAAUUGGAACACUUUCUGUGUGCAGACUGUAGCUCUGAAAGUGAUGCAAAAAGAUCCGCAAAUGGUUUUCCAGCUUCACCAGUCUCUGAACCUAAGGCUGAAUCUAAGAGGAGGAAGAGGUAACAACUAGCGAUGGAGACUCAGCUAUGGAGGGAGAAGUUAUCGGCAUUUUAUGAAACCCCACUGAUCACGAUGGUAGCUUGAGCUUGUACAGUGCAGAGAAUAAACUGCUUGAAAGGAAACCAUCCUAAUGUUAUGAACCUGGGAGUGUGUUAGGUGGUAAGUUGUGCAAUGAGAAAUCUGAUGUCGUCGUUCUUACCCUCUUCAUCAUGUUCAACCAUGUUUUAUGUAGUUUGUCAAGUGUUCCUUUUGAAUCUGUCUUUAUAUCCAAUCUUCACCAUUAGUAUGGAACUAGUUCCAAAAA